CACAUGGGUAGGUGGGACCCAACAAUAUGAAAUUGCAGGAGAUUUCCUCUCAUCCUCAACCGUGAACAUUCAAAGAUGAGAGAGGGAGAGAUUAGAACACCAAUAUUGACUUGGCAAGAAGGCAAUAACAAGAAAGAAGAUCAUCAAUGGCAGAGUUGAAAGACUUGUGUGCUUCUUAAAAUCAUGAGAAGAUGAACACUUGCAGAAGAAAAAACUUGAAGAUCCAAGAAAUGGAAAACCACCAGAUUCUGUCAAAACCCAAACUGGGCUUCUCUGCUUCAUUCAGAGAAGCCUUCAAAAUCCUCUUUAAUCAUCCAAACUUCAUCUCUCUCAUUAUCUUCAUCUCUCUCCCCCUCUUGGCCUCCCUCUCAGCCCACAACAUUCUUCUUCACCCAACCUUCAUUCAACUUCUCAGGUUUCUCUCUCAUAAAAAUCCUUAUGAUCCUUCUCUAACGUCCAUCAUCGUGUGUCAAAUACUCGAGGGCACAGCCUGCUUCUCGCAGCUCUCCUCUACUCUCUCCCAUGGGUUUUUUUAUAUCAAUUCUUGUCUCUUCAGCACUCAUCUUCUUCCUUGACCUUCUCAACACAAUUGCAAUAGUCUCCAUAUCAGCAGCAUUGUAUGGAGGAAACUCUCAAAUGGGUUUUAAAGAGAUGCUAGUUCAAGUCAGGAAGAUGGUGGCUUUGAAACUCAGAGGGUCAUUGGCUACAUCUCUAUGCUCUGUUUUGUUGGCUUCACUCACUCUGUUGGGCUUGGUUGCUUUGUCAAAAGACUUCUUUUUUGUGGCUACAGGCAGCUCUCACAUCUCAAUAACAAACACCUUCCUCUUACAACUUUUCAUCUUCACAUUCAUCAUUGGGACACCUUUUGUGGUUUUGUUGGGGAAGUAUGUAGAGUGGAGUGCUGUUUGGAAUAUGGGGAUUGUUAUCUCAAUCUUGGAUAAGAACCAGGGGUAUAUAGCCAUAGGAGUGGCAUCAUAUCUUAGCAGAGGUAGCAGAAAGCUUGGGUUCAGUUUGAUGAUGGUUUUCUUUGUUUUGAAGGUGGUUUUUGGGUUUCCAUGUCUAUAUGCUUUGUGGAAUGAGAGAAGUUGUGGGGUUUGGGAGAAUGUGGUGUUUGUGAGCUUGAACGGUGUGGGGAAUGUUGUGAUGUGAGUUGUUCUAAUGGU